AUGUGGAAAUUAUUUGGUAUUUCAGAUGAAAAAUCUAGUUGUACACAUCCAGUGAAUCCUGAAAGAAAGUUGUGGUUUGAGUCUGACUUUCCACAUUUAAUUAAGAAUUUAAAAUCCAGAAUAAUUAAUUCAAAAACUCUUCAGAUUCCAGAAGGUACAGUGGAUGUUUUACACUGGAAGGCAGUUGUUGAAGCAGAUUCCAAAUUCCAAAUUAAAGUUUGUAACAAAUUAACCAUAGACCAUGUACAACCAAGACAUUUUCAGACAAUGAAUGUCAAAAUGGCUUUUCAGUUUUUUAGUGGAUCUGUUGCAGCUGCAAUGCAGUAUUAUAAAGAUUCAAUUCCUGCCUUGAUAGAUUGUAAUGCUACUGUCCUAUUUAUAAAAAAAAUCAAUGAAGUUGUAGAUGCUAUGAAUUCACAGCUACCGAAAUGUGCCUUAAGACCGGAUCCUGCAUCUAUCCACAAUAAAGUACUAACUGAUUUUUUAAUUUACUUGGAUGAAUGUGAAAAAGUAAAGACCACUUCCAAACAAAAAUUAACCACAUCUACAGCACUUGGUUUAAAAGUUACAAUACGAACUGCUUUAGAACUUAUAAAAUAUCUUUCUGAGAAAGUUGGAUAUAAGUAUUUGAUGACUAGACGUAUCAACCAAGAUGCUCUAGAAAUAUGAAAUAAAUCUGAAAUAUUU